AUGAAUUCCUCAGGAUAUUGGGAUAAUUUGAGUUUUGGAAUCACCAACUCUUCUAAUAUCACUGAGGAAACUGCUGAUCUUCUAAACCAGCAGAAUCAUUCGCAUGAACUACAGCAACAGCAAAAUCCAAGUAAUGAAGUGUUAGAAACUCAAAUGUCUGAAGCAUACCCCGAUUCAACUGAUCAAGGUACUCAGCAUGAGGUACAACUACAACCACCAUUCACACCUGAGGAGAUACGCGAUUCGAUCAGGUCCAGCUCGCUAGCUAAUGAUCAAUCAAGUAGGAUUCACCAUGCUUUUAUGCAACUGAUUGGCGAAGAUGACGAAGAUGAAGAUGAACGACUUGAAGGAUCAUUCACUAGAAUUGCCCAAAGUGGUGUCCAGUACGAGGAAGAACCGGUCAAUGUUGAUGAUGACGCUGAUGACCAACUGAUUGACCAAGACAUGAUUAGUCAUGGCACAACCUCAAGUCGUCACCCUUAUGAUGCUGUUGAUGAACAACAUACUCUGCAAAUGGAAGAUUCAUCAGUUCAACCGAGCUUGGAACAGAUACAAAGAGUUUAUUAUAUGAAGGGUUUACAAGAAGUGGAAGAUUUACAAUUGAUUGAUUUGUCACCACUUGCGACUUGGAAAUUAUCUUCAUAUAAACAAGGCUUUGGAUUGGCGCAAUUACGAGAAGAUAAUCCUGAGACGUAUUGGCAAAGUGAUGGAACUAAUGGUGGCAACAAUACCAACCCAAAUAGCUCAGCAUUAUUGAAUAAUCAUUUAGCCAAUCCUCAUUCCAUAACAAUUCAUUUUAUCAAAAAAGUGGCAUUGGAACGGAUAUCGAUAUUCACUAAUUACUCAUUAGAUGAAAGUUAUACACCUAGUAAAAUCAGAAUAAUGGCCGGGAGUAGUGAAGGAUGGGAUUUGAUUGAAGUUUGUACAGUCAAUUUCAACCAGCCGAUUGGGUGGUCGCAUAUAAUAUUCAAUGGAAUUAGAAAUGAUGGAGUUUUGAAGAGUUUUAUGGUAAAGAUAUUCAUAUUGGCUAAUCACCAAGAAGGUAAAGAUAGUCAUAUACGAGCUAUAAGGUGCUAUGGGAAGAAAAAUGUCCCGCAAAAAAUACAGCCAAUGCAAAAGGAGGCCAUGCCAAUGGAGCAUCUUGGUCAUUCAGAUUUGUUGAAAGGUUUGAGUUUAGCUAGUGGGUCAAGCAGCAUGUCUGGAAUUCUGCUGAGCUCCAGAGUAGGGUUAGACUCCAAAGAUGGUAUAGAUUUACAAGAGGGCGACGAAGAGAAUCAAGAAGAGAUAAUAUCCGAUAAGGCUGAUACUGAGACUGCGAAGAUUUUGCAAAAUGUCAAUACAAUUUUGGGUAACACUGGUUUCCAGAGCAUUGAACUCAAAAGUGUUUCAUCUAUUAGAUAA